UUGGUUCGAUCUUACCUCCAGGCCAUCAAAGUGUUGCUGGCUUCCGGUCCAGUUGGGCAGGUCAAUGAACGAGAACUCGGCUUCUGCACUUCGUCGCGACGAGCGCCCAACGUUUACCCUUCCCUACCUCCGACAAGACUCGGUGUCAUUGCGACCCGGUUGCCGCACUCAGAUGCAAGCCAUGCCGUCGUCAACAUCGAACGCAAAUGUCAUCAGGGGCGCCGAGGAGCGGCAUGCAAUCACGUCUGUAAUGCCGAUGACUGGCCGCGACGUUGCGUGGACGACUACGAGUCCAAGUUCAAGAAUAUCACGGCCGACGUCCGUGACCUGAAGCUGCGUCGCAUCGCGUCGUCGGUAACAACCUGGCCUCAACCAGCAUGUCCACCCUUCACUGUCUGCGAUUCCGGAGAUGCACCUGCCGAAUCCACGAUCGAUAGUGCCAUCUUACACCGCAAGACUGGAACACAAGCGCUCUGCAACCAUAGGGCCACCGAUGAACGGAGCUCCAUCCUAGCGGACUUCUUGGAGGGCGAUGGACAAGGUCUCACGCAUGUACGCCAGCACGGGCUCAACCAAGUUCUAGACCUCGCCGGGCGUUUUCGAAUGCUUCUCCGACAACCUCUCGGCUUGUGCAACUGGAUGAGCGGUUUACUUCUGGACGCCAUCUUCCUCCCAUGGACAACGGCAACGCACUCUCGGUACACGUCUGAUUCCGAGAACGUCGUGGUUGUCUUCGAUGUUAGCACCAUGCCGAUUUUGCGAUACACCUCUCUGCCUGGACGUUCACCGUCCUUCGCCAGCAGGUCGUCCCAACUCCAGCCCUUGCGACACCAGAGCGUCUGGCCCAGGGAUCGAGUCAUCGCCGUCUUUCACGAUGCCCUGCUGCCAACACAGCCAACUCCGUGA